CAUGGGGCUCUGGCUGCCGCCGCCCCCCGCGCCGCCGGGCUAGGGCGAUGCGGGCGCCCCCGGCGCGCGGCCCCCGCGGGCACCAUGAGCCCCCUGCUCCGCCGUCUGCUGCUCGCCGCGCUCCUGCAGCUGGCCCCCGCCCAGGCCCCUGUCUCCCAGCCUGAUGCCCCAGGCCACCAGAAGAAAGUGGUGUCAUGGAUAGACGUGUAUGCUCGUGCCACCUGCCAGCCACGGGAGGUAGUGGUGCCUCUGACUGUGGAACUCAUGGGUACGGUGGCCAAACAGCUAGUGCCGAGCUGCGUGACCGUGCAGCGCUGCGGUGGCUGCUGCCCUGACGACGGCCUGGAGUGUGUGCCCACUGGGCAGCACCAAGUCCGAAUGCAGAUCCUCAUGAUCCGGUACCCAAGCAGUCAGCUGGGGGAGAUGUCCCUGGAAGAACACAGCCAAUGUGAAUGCAGACCAAAAAAAAGAGAAAGUGCUGUGAAGCCAGAUAGGGCUGCCACUCCCCACCACCGUCCCCAGCCCCGAUCUGUUCCGGGCUGGGACUCUGCCCCUGGAGCACCCUCCCCAGCUGACAUCACCCAUCCCACUCCAGCCCCAGGCCCCUCUGCCCACGCUGCACCCAGCGCCGCCAGCGCCCUGACCCCCGGACCUGCCACUGCCGCUGCCGCCGCCGCAGCUUCCUCCGUUGCCAAGGGCGGGGCUUAGAGCUGAACCCAGACACCUGCAGGUGCCGGAAGCUGCGAAGGUGACAGAUGGCUUUUCAGACUCAGCGGGGCCACUUGCCUCACAGGCCACACUCCAGUGUGGAAAGCGAGGGGAGCCUGAUGAGAACAGCCCAGCCCCCCAGACCUCAGCCUGGGCAGAAGCUGUUCCAGGAACUGGGCCUCUCAGAGGGCUCUCCUGUCAUCCCUUGUCUCGUUGAGGCUGCCAUCUAACAGGAUGGACAGAGUUGUAUGAGGAGACUUGGAGGCUGCAAGACCGUUCAUGUGCCAGCUAAGAGGAGAAUGGGGUGCUGUUUCCGUUUUUAACCACCUUGUGCAAGUGAGCAUCUUACAACUGGCUCCUCCCUCCCCUCCCUGAGAAAACCCCAAAUAAUGGGAUUUGGGCAUUGGUACAAGAACUGUGACCCCCAACCCUGAUAAAAGAGAUGGAAGGA